AUUGGCGGAGUGACUUCAACUCAUCCUUUCCCUUCACGCGACUCACACAUUUCCCCCCGCCCCAUACUAACUGGCCUUGUCACCAGACAGACCGCUCGGAAAACAGAACACUUCCUCAGUUCACCGCAAGAACCCGAAAUCAAUCAUCUCUUUGAGGAACACAGCCUACCACGAUGUCAUCCUCAGGCUCGCUGCCAUACCGCAACCCUUCGCGUCAGCCCUCGAGGCAGCUGUCCGUUGAUCCGCACAAUGAGCUUCGCCCAGAAGUCAACCACUACAUUGGUAUCGAUGUCGGUACUGGAAGCGCUCGAGCAUGUAUCAUGAACGAGAAAGGCGACAUUGUAGGACUGGCCAGCGAGAACAUUGGUCUAUGGCAGCCAGAGACCGGAUACUACGAACAAUCAACCACGAACAUCUGGCGAUGCAUUUGCUCCUCAAUCCAGCGAGCCAUGUCCCAGCACAACGUCGAUCCCAACAGCAUCCGCGGCAUUGGCUUUGACGCUACUUGCUCGCUCACUGUUUUCAACGCUGAGACUGACGAGCCUGUGCCAGUCACUGGACCAAAGUUUGACAAUGCCGACGGCAAUGAUCGGAAUGUCAUUCUAUGGCUCGACCACCGUCCAGUAGAAGAGACGAAGAAGAUCAACGCAACCAACCACAACUUGCUGAGAUAUGUGGGUGGACAGAUGAGCAUUGAGAUGGAGAUCCCCAAGGUUCUCUGGCUCAAGAACAACAUGCCAAAGGAGCUGUUCGACAAGUGCAAAUUCUACGAUCUCGCCGACGCUCUGACCCACAUGGCUACGGGCAGCGACACGAGAAGUUUCUGCUCAGUCGUGUGUAAGCAAGGAUAUGUGCCAGUCGGUGUGGAUGGCAGUGUCAAGGGAUGGCAGGAAGACUUCCUCACCGAGAUCGGCCUCAAAGAUCUGUGCGAGGACAACUUCAAGCGUAUGGGAGGCGUUAAUGGGGUGAAUGGCCGAUACCUGGCCGCCGGUGAGCUCAUUGGCACUCUGUCCGAGAAGGCUGGUGCCGAUAUGGGCCUUCCAGCUGGCAUUGCUGUAGGAAGCGGUGUCAUUGACGCCUAUGCCGGCUGGAUUGGCACCGUGGGGGCUAAGGUCCGUCUCGAAGGCGAAUCCAUCGACGCAGACAAGCCCAAGAACGAUGUCUCGCAAGCUUUCACUCGUCUCGCAGCGGUCGCUGGAACCUCGACUUGCCACUUGGCCAUGUCACCGAAGCCGGUCUUCGUGAAUGGUGUUUGGGGCCCGUACCGCGACGUUCUGAUCCCAGAUUACUGGCUAGCUGAGGGUGGCCAGUCCGCUACUGGCGAGCUCUUGAAGCACGUUGUGGAGACGCAUCCUGCCUUCCAAGAAGCCAUGUCCAUCGCUGAAACGUUCAACGCAAACAUCUACGACUACCUGAACGAGCACUUGAACGAGAUGAAGGACAAGGUCGGCGCCUCAGAAGUCUCCUACCUUGGACGCCACUUCUUCUUCUACGGAGACCUUUUCGGAAAUCGCUCACCAGUCGCCGACCCAGAUAUGAAGGGCUCAAUCAUCGGACUGUCCAGCGACAAGAGCUUAGACGGACUUGCACUGUACUACUACGGCACCAUGGAGUUCAUCGCCCUCCAGACAUACCAAAUCAUCGAGCAAAUGAACAAGGCCGGUCACGUCAUUAGCAGCAUCUUCAUGUCUGGAUCACAGUGCCAGAACCCGAUCCUGAUGAGCUUGAUCGCAACCGCAUGUGACAUGCCAGUCCUGAUCCCUCGAUACGUUCACGCCGCCGUGGUGCAUGGUGCAGCCAUGCUUGGUGCCAAGGCAGCAUCCACCGACAAGGAUGGCAAGAGCGAGCCGCUGUGGGAUAUCAUGGACAGAAUGUCCAAGUCGGGUAAGGCGGUGUACCCGAACAAGAAUGAGGGCGAGAGGAAGCUCUUGGCUGCGAAAUAUAAGAUCUUCUUGAAGCAGUGCGAGGAGCAGCGUGAGCAUCGCAAGGCGAUUGACGAGGCGAUUGCUGGGUGGAAAUAAGGGAUGUAAUGUGAGGAUUCAUAAAAGCCGCGCAUAGAUAUAGAGUCUUCAUUUAUUAGAUUCCGCCGGCUACGAAGAUAGGAGGGGCAUGAUGUAUAGAUGAAAAGGACAAGGAAGCAUAACCACAAAAGCAAGUCAUUU